AUGGCCCUUCUACAUCAACACCUCGGGCGCCAGCUCCGGCCACGGUCACGCCUCACAAGCCAACGGAUCAGAAACGCCGCCGUGGCAUUGGCACUCUGCCUGACCGUCCUCUACUUCCUCACCCGGCCCGCGCCUCCAGACGAAGUAGCCCUCCUCGAGCAGCACAUGAACGCGGGACCGCCGAUGUACCCCAUCAACGUUGUCAAGAGCACCAUCGACUGGGGCCGCAUCGCGCCGCGCCACCCGCCGCGGGAACGCCCCGUGCAGCUGCCGAGACACGCGCCCGGGCGGGGCCCCCGGCGGCCGCGGAUCCAGCACCGCUUCGGCAAGGAGACGGCCGAGGAGCGGCAGACGCGCGAGGCCCGCCGCGAGGCCGUGCGCGACCUCACCCGCAAGUGCUGGGAUAGCUACCGCCGCUAUGCCUGGAAGCAGGACGCGCUGCUGCCGCUGUCCAAGGCCGGCCGGGACCAGUUCUCGGGCUGGGCCGCCACGCUGGUGGAUUCGCUCGACACGCUGUGGAUGAUGGGGCUGAGGGACGAGUUCGACGAGGCCGUGGCCGCCGUGGCCGAGAUUGACUUUGGCAACUCGUCUACUCCGCAGGUCAACAUCUUCGAGACCAACAUCCGCUACCUCGGCGGGUUGAUGGCCGCCUACGACCUCUCCGGCCGCGCGGUGCUGCUGGAGAAGGCGGUCGAGCUAGGCGAUCUGAUCUACGCCGGGUUCGACACGGAGAACCGGAUGCCCGUUGAUAACAUCAACGUCGCGGCCGCCGCCGAGGGGGUGGGCCUGUGGGUCGAGAACGCCGUGGUGUCGGCGUCGCCGGGGACGCUGACGCUGGAGAUGACGCGGCUGAGCCAGAUCACGGGCGACCCCAAGUACUACGACGCCAUCACGGGCAUCGUGGACCUCUUCUUCCGCGGGCAGAACCAGACGGCACUCCCAGGACUCUUCCCCAUGUUCGUGUCCAUGUCCCGCCAGGACGUCACCACCGGCGCCACCUUCACCCUCGGCGGCUGCGCCGACUCCCUAUACGAGUACUUCCCCAAACUGCACGCGCUCCUCGGCGGCGUCGGCGGCCCGCAGCUCCCCUUCCUCACGCGCGGCUUCAUGGACGCGGCCAAGCGGCACCUGUUCUUCCGGCCCAUGCUGCCACCCACCGACACGCCCACGCCCGACAUCCUCCUCCCGGGCAACGUCAACGUCGACGCCGACCUGAUCGCCCACCUGGACCCCGAAACCGAGCACCUUGCCUGCUUCAUCGGCGGCACCUUCGCCCUCGCCGGCCGGCUCUUCGCCACCGAAGACGACGUCGCCGUCGGCGCCCGCCUCACCCGCGGCUGCGUCUACGCCUACCGCGCCUUCCCCACCGGCCUGAUGCCCGAGCGCCUCAACACGUACAAGCCGCACCUGCCGCGGGGGUUCACGACGGCCAAGGACCCGCGGUACAUUCUGCGGCCGGAGGCGAUCGAGAGUGUGUUUUAUCUGUGGCGGAUCACCGGCGGGGCGGAGUGGCGCGAGGCGGCGUGGGAUAUGUUUCGCGCGGUGGCGCGGGCGACGGCGACCGAGACGGGGAGCGCGGCGGUGUUGGAUGUCACGGUGGAUGUGGAAAGGGGGGGGACGGUGCCGUUGGAGGAUUAUAUGGAGAGUUUUUGGAUUGCGGAGACGCUCAAGUACUUCUAUCUCAUCUUCUCGCCGCCAGAUCUGAUCAGCCUCGACAAGUAUGUGCUCAACACCGAAGCACAUCCGUUCUUGCUGCCAUAA